GUUCCAAUCCCCUCCAUAUCAUGUAAUUCAGGUGUUCCAAUCCCCUCCAUAUCAUGUGAUUCAGUGUUCCAAUCCCCUCCAUAUCAUGUGAUUCAGGUGUUCCAAUCCCCUCCCAGUUCAUGUGAUUCAGGUGCUCCAGUCCCCUCCAAAUCAUGUGAUCUCAGGUGUUCCAAUCCCUUCCAUAUCAUGUGAUUCAGGUGUUCCAAUCCCCUCCAUAUCAUGUGAUUCAGGUGUUCCAAUCCCCGCCCAAUCAUAGUCAAUAGCUAAAAGACCUCCAAACUUGGUGUGGCCUUCAGAUGAGCCCAACAACAGUGCGCAGAGAGCUUCAUGAAUGGGUUUCCAUGGC